AACGAUCUGGUUCUUUUUGCCGUCGCUUGCACAGUGAUUCUGCAAUAUUAAUAAAGGCUAGGCUACGCUAUUUACAACGCAUAAAUAGCUAAACUGUUACAUAAACGAAGAUUUACUUCAUAAAAUAUAAGAACCUAAGUAAAUAAAUUGAGAGAAAGUUAGCUUCCAUUUGAAUAAAUAAAAUUCGUUUGUCAUAUCUUGACGAUUCUUAUCAUUAUUCAAAAAAACUCGUUCUUUAGUUUAUUGUGUUAUUAACUUACUUUACUAGUAGUUCCUGCACGCCAACACGCAUCGGUCGCUACUCGGCUGUCAAUUUUAAAAAUCGAAUACGAAGAGUUUUCGCUAUAUAAUUCAAUACAGGAAAGAAUACUUAAUUUUUUUCCAAAAAAAUGUCCAGAGAAAAGGUCUCAAGGGACAGAGAAACCAAAAAGGAGAAAUCUCACAGACGCAAAAGCAAAACAAAUAGAAUAUGCAAGGAAGUGGUGAUAAACUUAUUGAAGAAGUUGUACUUCUUCCUGCGACUGUGCUUCGAUACUGUCGUCGACUACAUAUUCGCUAUGUACUGGGAGUCCACGCACCAAUCGUUACCUGAUUUGGAUAAGAAACAUGCUAUGCUAAGGAAAAGUGCUGUCGCAUUAGCGAAGGAGAUAAAGAAUAAGGAAUUGAAGUCUGAGGAACUGGUCACUGCUUGCAUAGAAAGAAUUAAAUUGGUGAACCCAGUUUUGAAUGCGGUGACGGACGAAAGAUACGAAGACGCACUUAAGGAGGCUCGGGAAGUCGAUAAACUUAUUGAGGCGGGUCUAUCUGAGGAAGACUCUAAAAAACCGUUUUUGGGUGUUCCAUUCACGGCAAAAGAGAGCCACGCAGUCAAAGGCAUGCUCCACACUCUGGGGAUACUGUCUCGUAAACACAUCCGCGCGGACGAGGACGCGGAGUGCGUGCGGCUGCUGCGCGUCGCCGGCGCCAUUCCCGUCGCCGUCACCAACGUGCCCGAGAUCAAUAAGUGGCAAGAGUCUCGCAACAAUGUGUUCGGGCAGACCAACAACCCGUACCACACAGGCCGCACGCCCGGGGGCUCCAGCGGCGGCGAGGCAGCCCUGAGCGCUGCGCUGGCGUGCCCCAUAGCACUGUGCUCCGACAUCGGCGGCUCGACGCGCAUGCCCGCGUUCUACUGCGGCCUGUACGCGCUCAACCCCACUGCGGGACACACCAGCUUGAAGGGUUCGGCUCUCCGUUCGGGCAAGGAUCCCACCAUGGCCUCGAUAGGGUUCCUCAGCAGGCACUGCGAGGACCUCAUCCCUCUGACCAAGGUGGUGGCGGCUGAUAAGGCGCAUCUGCUGGAUUUAGACAGACAAGUCCAUGUCAAGGACCUGAAGUUCUACUACGUGGAGAGUGUCAACGAUUUGCGCGUCAGCCCAGUUUGCAGUGAUCUCAAAAAAGCGAUGAAAAAAGUGAUAUACCGUCUGUCGAGCCAGGCAGAGAACACCGAGCAAGCACCCAAGCCCUACUACCACGAAGGGUUCAACCAUUCCUUCGCUCUGUGGCGACACGCUAUGACCAAAGAGGCCGACUCCUUCCCCAAACUGUUGGCGAAUAAUGAGGGCGAGGUCAACGGACUCGUCGAGUUGGCUAAAAAGUUGGUAGGCGCGUCUCAGUUCACUCUGGCGGCCAUUUUUAAAUGUUUGGACGAGCAAGUGUUGCCGCCCGUGCCGGCCGCGUGGGCCGACCGCCUCACGCAGCAGCUCAAAGACGAUCUGCUGGAGACCCUAGGGUCUGACGGGGUGCUGCUGUUCCCUUCCGCCCCCGCGCCGGCGCCCUACCACUGCGAGGCGUUCCUGCGGCCCUUCAACUUCGCCUUCUGGGGCGUCUUCAAUGCGCUGAAGUUUCCCGCCGCGCAGGUCCCGCUAGGCCUCAACGCGGACGGCCUCCCCCUGGGCCUGCAGGUGGUGGCGGCGCCGCAGCACGACGCACUGUGCGUCGCCGUGGCGGAGCACCUCGGAGCGAUGUUCCAGGGCUACGUGCCGCCGUGCCGAGUGCCGGAGUAGUGGGUACUAACUCUAUAAUUUAUCAUCAUCACGUCGGAAGUCCGCUGUUCGACAACUGUGUGCCUAGUGAUAGUGUGCCAACUGUUUGAUAUUGUGACGAUCGCGUAAACGUAAACGCGAAUUUCUAAGGAGUUGAAAUAGCGCUAUCUAGUUAUAAAUUCGUCUUUUAUCAGAGCAAAGUUCAUUCAGCAUAUUCAAUAUUUUAGAACCAUAACUUCCUGAAUUAUAAGGUAUUUUUCAAUGUUGCUCCCUGUACUCUUUUUGUCAAAAAUGUGAAUAAGGUUUUUUGAAAAUAUGCUCUCUGUACUUUUUUUGAGAAAUUAUGUGAAAAUUACUUCAGGCAAACGAUCUGCUCUAUUAUCUUAGUUUAUAGAUUUAAAAAUACUAUAUUUUUGUAAUGUUAUUAUAUUCUCAAAAUUUAAAGACUGUUUUUAUCUAUAGGUGAAGGUAUUAUAGUGUAUUAUUUAGAAUAUUGUAUCGAAUAUUUUUAUAUAAUAUUGUACCUGUAUAAUCAGAAUUAUUAAUUGUUAUUUUGUAUUUGUAUUGUAACGGUUUAACGGUUGUGUAUAAUGCAGUAAGUAUAAGUGAAUAAUUCAGUUUUUUUUAUUCCUCAGCGCUUAUUUUUAUUUCGUUACAAAAUUUAUUUAAGUAUUCUUAUUUGCUGGUUGGUAAAACUUUCUAGGAACACCUAAGGAACCGUUCAUUAAUCACGUGAUUUUUUUGCAUUAAACUUUUAAUGGCACCCUCCCCCUCCCCUUGACAAAACGUGCUGAGGGUUAAGACUUAAUAAAUCAUGUGUAUUUUGAAUACGUCUAGAAAUCUAAAAAUUUUUAAAAUCAAUAGUAUUAAAUACUGGUAUAGUAUUAUUUUAUUUGGACAUAAUAAAAAUACAAGUGAUAUCUUACUACACCCCCUCCCUCUUGUGAUAUUUCUUAAUUUUUGUCAAACCUUUCAAGCCCGUGUUUAAUGGAUGUAUUGUGUUAAUUUAGUAUUGUACUAAUGAUUUUAAACUUAUUUCGUGGGUGUUCAUUAUGAAUGAUAUUUAAACGGGUACAUACCACGAUAAAACGACGAGAUUUUUAUUGUCGAUAUUUCGAUCCAGUUGAUCGCAGUCCCGUCGUGACCACGAUCCAUGCAACUGGGUCGAAAUAUCGACAAUAAUUAUCUCGUCGUUUUAUCGUGGUAUGUACCCGUUUAAAUAACAUUAGUAUUGUACUCUUUAGAUGGAAACUUGUUGUUUGGGACACAAAGCAACAAGCUAUCAAGACAUUGUAUUUUUUGUUCAUUUUUAAGGUAAGCCACAUUUGGCAAAUUAAUUUCUAUUUAUAUACCUUAUGUACUUUAUUAAUAUUGAAUGUGAUAUAACUCAAGGGUUUACUUGUAAUAAUAAUUUAUUAUAUAUUUAUAAAUUUAUAAAAAUAAAAGACACGUGUUAAAUGAGAAGAAA